UAGAUAUUAGAAGCGAGAAAGCGAGAAGACAUUUUCGUAAAUCGAUUUCGACAGCAGCGUGAUGAAUGUAUUUGCCUUCAUAUUUCUUUCGGUCGUAGUCGCUAUUCGAUCGAAAGAUUUUAAUCCUCGACUCGAUGGCCAUUGGCAAACUUUUAAGAGAAGGUUUAACAAAUACUACGGGGAGAACGAAGAAAUUGCCAGGAGAUUCGUCUGGGAAGAAAAUGUCGAUUACAUUAUCAAGCAUAAUCUAAAUCGCUACUUGGGACUGCAUUCUUAUACGCUUGGACUGAACGAAUAUAGUGAUAUGUCACGCGAAGAAUUCGUAAGAAGAAUGAACGGAGUGAAAAGAAACGCUAACAAAAGUGUCGGACCCGCUUAUAAUUACCUGAAUUUGUCGAAUGUAAUUCUACCGGAUGAGGUCGAUUGGAGAGAAGAAGGACUCGUUACCGAAGUUAAAAAUCAAAAACAAUGUGGUUCCUGCUGGGCUUUCUCAACCACGGGCGCUCUGGAAGGACAACAUAAAAAGAAGACCGGCCGACUGGUUUCUCUAAGUGAACAAAAUUUGAUAGACUGUACUUUGAACGAAGGCAAUUACGGAUGCUCCGGUGGUUUCUAUGAUCACGCAUUUGAGUAUGUGAAAAAUAAUGGAGGCAUUGACACCGAACGUUCUUAUCCGUAUGAAGCAAAAGAAGAUAAAUGCAGAUUUAAACGCCAAAAUAUUGGUGCCACGUGUAUGGGUUUUGUCAGUCUUCCGCCAGGCGAUGAAGAAAUUUUGAAACAAGCGGUAGCAACUAUUGGUCCAAUCUCGGUCGGAAUCGAUGGCAGUACGUGGAGUUUCCAAUUAUACAAGGAAGGAAUCUACGACGAUGACAAUUGCAGCAAUGAACACAUAGAUCAUGCAGUUUUAGUGGUCGGAUACGGAACUGAAAACGGCAAGGAUUAUUGGCUGGUUAAAAACAGUUGGGGAACCAGUUGGGGUAUGCAAGGUUAUGUUAAAAUGGCCAGAAAUAAAAACCAAUGCGGUAUUGCCACUCAUUCUAGUUAUCCACUAGUAUAAGUAUGUAAAUAUUCAUCUUGGACUUUAGUUCUGUUUACUAUGGCAAUUUCCAAUUCGUGGAUUACGUUAUCUAGUUCAUUAAUAAAUC